AGUUCAGUUCGAGUUCGCACUCGGCCACAAACGGUCGUUCGGUCGGUCGCUUGGUUUCGGCGAAGAAGGGAGAAUUGUGGAGCAGAAAUUAAAUUAAAGUCGUAAUCGUAGUACCGCCGACAGUCGAAAUCCGUAAAGCCGUAGUCCCGUAGUCCCGUAGUCCCGUAGAUCCGUAGAUCCGUAGAACCGUGAGACGAUCGCGAGAAUUGUGCUGCAGCUGAAGCAAAGAAUAUGGUGUCGCACACAAGAUCGCUGCGUGUCGCGCUCAAUUAAAUACACAUCUUUUUUAUUUUUCGCCCCGGUCUUUAUUUAUUUUUUACUUUUUUUUUGUUUUACGCCACAACGUUGUUAUUUAUAUUUAAUUGUUUUGUGACAACAACCACAACAACAACGAAAGCAGCCGAGUUAAGUGCGAAAAGUGAAGUGAAGUUUGUCGGCGAGUGAGUGCCAGUGCGCACAAAAAUUGGAGCAGGUUCCACAGAGAUCUAGAGAUCUAAAGAUCUAUAUAGAUUCCCCGAGUUCCUAGGUUCCUCCGAGUUGCGACUUUGGUGGCGUUGGCGUGGUCCCCCUGACAAAGGAGCACGUACAAUCGCAGGAACCCACCUCUCCGCGGAUCGGUGACCAGCGCACCUGUCGUUAAUUAAAUGUCAACAGAUUUGAAGGGCGGGGAGAAGGAAGAUUCAGACGAGUCCGAGGAGCCAAAUGAAUUGGAAUCGGAAUCGAAAUCGGAACUGGGAACUGGGAACAAACGAGAAACCCUAACGAAAUUGUGCAAAAUGUUUGCCCGUCUGUCAAAUAAAUCAUAAGAAACAAGAAACACUAAAAGUUGAGGAGGAGAAGACAUCUGGAUAUCCAAAAAAAAGAGAAACAAAUCUCACAAUCAAAAGAUACAUACACAUAUAUACACAUAGAAAAUCAAGCAAAAAUGGUUAAUGCGGUGAUGGAUGCCAUAGCGCUGCUCAGCUCGCUGGCCAGCGAUUUGGACAUAAUGCUAAACGAUCUUCGAUCGGCGCCGAGUCAUGCUGCAACAGCAACAACAACAACAACAACAGCAACACCAACAGCAACAACAACGGCAACAGUUGCAACUGCAACAGCAACAACAGCAGCAGCGAACCAGCAGCAGCAGCAACAUCAUAAUCACCAUAAUCAGCAGCAAAUGCAAUCAAGGCAAUUGCAGGCACAUCAUUGGCAGAGCAUCAACAACCAUAAGAAUAGCAACAUUAGUAACAAUAACAAUAACAAUAACAACAAUAAUAUUCAUAUAAAUAAUAAUAAUAAUAAUAGCAUUAACAACAAUAAUAAUAACAAUCAUUUGGCACACCCACCGUGCCUGAUCGAUAUUAAACUGAAGUCAAGCCGAUCGGCAGCAACCACAAUUGCGAGUACAACAACCUCCAAUCAGCUGCAACAACAACAACGGCGCCGUGUGGCACCCAAGCCGCUGCCACGCCCACCGCGACGCAGCCGCCCAACGGGGCACAAGGAGGCGGGGCCGAGUGAAGACGAUGGCGACACGGAUGCCAGUGACCUGGCCAAUAUGACGUCACCGCUGAGCGCCAGUGCAGCGGCCACUCGCAUCAACGGCCUCUCGCCGGAAGUGAAGAAAGUCCAGCGUUUGCCACUGUGGAAUGCGCGAAACGGAAACGGAGGUGCCACCAGCAGCGCCGUCUCUGUGCAACGCCGUCUGCCCAUCCAAAGUCAUCAGCAGCAGCGAAUCCUGGGCCAGCGAUUUCAUCACCAGCGACUUCAUCAUGGCAGGAUGUCGCACGAAACAGCAGCAGUUGCAGGAGGAGCUGGAGCAUUGGCAGGCUCAUCGAUAGUGUCCUGUGCGGAGAACGCCUCGAAGGUGGAGGUCAUCGUGUACACCACCAAGUCGGAUAAGACGCUCAAACAGAACAUGAAUGCCAAGGAUGAUACGCUGAGGAAGCGUACUUCCUUGAUUAUAGUGCCGCAGCAGGUGCACGACAUCGAAGUGGAGGAUGAGGACACCAAGAAGGUGGACCAGACAAAGGCCAGGGAGAAUCCGAAUCGCAACUCGACGGCCAGCAUGGAUAGCUGUGUCUCCAAUACCACCAGUCAGAGCAAUCAGUCCUCCUCCUCCUCGACGACCAGCAGUAGUGGCAGUAGCAGUGGCUCCGAGGAUGCCCAUGCCGCCUAUCAGGACUUGCAGAAUGGCAAUGCUGGCCAGGAUAUGCACUCACCAGCACCAUCACCAUCCCCAUCGGUGACCAGAUGCCAUUCAUCCAGCUCGACAUCCUCCGUGUCGGAGUCCACCUCAUGCUCCAGUUCAGCGGAUUACUCAUUAAGGGAGCAGCUCAAGAAUUUCGCCAAUAGAAAUUCCGAGGGCGCCAACACCGUGGAUCCCGCUGCUCGUCUGAUCAAGGGCAUGAGUCUUCCGGUGGGCGAUCAGUCGGUCCAGUCGGUGGCUACUGUGCUCCACUGCGAUUCCCUACUCAGUCCGCAGGAGGUUCCCCUGGGACGACGCUACGCCGAGGUGGCGCAGUUCAAAGGUCAUCCAAAAGCAAGAACAAGUGAACCUAUUCCCUCUGGCGUGGCCACGCCCUCUUCUCUGGAUGCCGCCUCUGUGGAUGGCGGUAAAAGCCAUGCGGGCAACAAUAACCACAUAAACAACAAUCACAAUGGCCAACAGUCACAAAAAUCUCAGCAACAGGCGGGUCUCGCCGCCAAACUAAAUGUCCUGGCCCAGUCUAAUCUCAACAACAAUAACACGAGCAGUCAGCCAGGAUCCAUGACAUCGGCCUCAAAUCGAACGGCCCUGGACUCGAAUCAGAAUCAGAAGCAAAGUCCCAAUGCAGCAGACAGUCGACGGAGCAGCAGCGUGGAUCCGGAUGCGGAUGUGGAUGACGUCGUGGACGCGGCCCAUGGUGGCGCCUUCGAGGAUGACAUGCAAGCCCUGCUGCCCAAGUGCUCGCGUCGCUCCCGGGAUGAGCUCAGUCAGUCACGCACAUCUCUGGUGUCCAGUUCGGAGGGCGGCAUCCUGGCGGAGGGCGAGACGUCCAGCGAGGACGACGGUGAGGAGCCCGUGGAGGCGGAGGACGAGGACGAGGGCGAGGAGAGCAGCCGCGAUUCCAGCGACAAUUCGCCGCCAUGCGAUCUGGGACUCAUGGAGCGCCUGCUGGUCACCCAUCCGAUGUGGUUCCUGCCGGGCAUCCAGCGUUCCGGGGCCGUUCAUCUGCUGCAGGGCAAGGAGGAGGGGACCUUCAUAGUGCGUGGUUCCAGCCAGCCGAAUACAAUGGCCGUUUCGGUGCGAUUGCCCCAGGAUACAGGACCCUAUAUCGAGCACUAUCUCAUCCAGUCGCACGAUAAUGUCCUGAGCUUGGAGAGCUCGCGAUUUACAUUUGGAUCGAUACCCUCGCUGAUUGCCCACUAUGCGCAAUGUUGCGAUGAGUUGCCGGUGCAGUUGAUGUUGCCACGUGUCCUGCGGGAGGCGAACAACCGAAAGAAGCUGAGUUCGCUGGCCCUGCUGGGUCAGGAGUUCUGGAGCUAUGUGAGCAGUCCGGCUCUCCUGGGUCCGUCAACGCCAUCGGUGGUGGCGCAUCCCUCGAAGGAUCAGCACUUGCUGGAUGCCAAAUCGCCGCUCUCACUCACAGAAACCAGUGGUCUUGGCACUGCCACCUUCUUUAGCGAUGCCCUGUCCAAGCCACCGCCCACUGGAGCACCGCCGCUGCCGGGUGGUGGUCUCUUCAGUCCCACCGGAAGUGGUCAGUUGCUGGGCUUCUUCAGCCAGGCGGGCACACCAUCCGAUACGACGAACUCGAGCCUUAGCUCAUUCACGACCAGCGGUGGUCAGCACAUGCAGCUGCUGAGUCCAAAUUCUGUAGAUUCGGUGAUACUCACCAUGUCGCCGGUGGACAAUCCUGGGCAUUAUUUGCCCGGUUCGACGGGUGCUUCUUUGGCACCCGUAUGCCCAUCGGUGGUUGACCAACAGCUGAGCACCUUUAAAGUGGCCCAAACGGCGCCGGAAGUGGAUCAAGUGCGUCCACAGCGACCGAAGCCACCGAAUACGCUGAAUCUCAAGCCGCCCGCACCACCAAUGCGCUGGUCAAAGCCCCAUUCACCGGAUCAGAAUGGCAGUGGCAAUGGCAAUGGCAAUGGCAAUUUUACGGUUACCACCACUGUCACCUUCUCGAUGGAGAACGGAGGUGGCGGCGGCAGUGGACCAACGGUUGGUAAUGGUAAUGGAAAAUUCGUGGAGGUUACCACGCCGGCGGCCAGUAAUCCCUUCAAUGCCCUACUGAAUGGACAGGCCAGCACAUUUCAGACAUUCGCCAAGCGGCUGUCGCCGGAGGGCGAGUGCAAGGAUACGCUUUCCUCGCAGGGAUCCUCCUCCAACGAUGGGCGCUGGCCGCCGCCGGUCCGCAAGCUGCUCACCUCACCCCUCACCCCGCUGACGCCCAGUGGCGGGAGCAGCAGCAGCGGCGGCAAAUCCCGCAAGUCGCGAGCGGGCAAGGAGUCGCAGCACUACAAGGAGUCGGACAUCCUCGAGAGCCCGCCGAUGCAGUACUGCGCCAGUGCGCUGAGCGACAAGAUCAGCGACUACGAGGACGUCUGGUCACACGAUCCCAGCGAUCGCGCCAGCCUGCUGACCAGUUUCCGCCCGGCAUUGGACACGGUGGGCGGCGGGAUGAACCGACGGCCAGAUUUGCUGGCCGAGACUCCGAGCACUCCCACACCGACGCUGCAAUCUCACCUAUCGCCCUGCGAGGAGGAAACAACUGCCACACCCAACGAAUCCUCCAGCCAAUCUCUGCUACAGUUCUCCGGCGAUGUGCCAGCCCGCUCGAGAGCUGGUCUGCUCUUGCCAAAUCUGUCGGGACAGGCGCCACCUGUGGCCAUGUCGCAGUCCAUGACGGCGACGGAGGACGAUGGCGGCGAUACCACGCCCACGGCCGAGGGACACACCAACGGAGCCAGUCGCAGCAAGCAGGGCAGUCCGUUUUAUGCGGAACCAGCGGAUGCACUGCGUCAGGCGGGCCUGACCAGCGCAGCCACGGCCAUCUUGCGGCGCCAGCAUCGCAGUCAAAUGCUGCACGCCAGCCAACGGCACUCGGAACCACUGAAAGCGGGCUUCGGAGGAUGCGGCAAUGGUGCAAUGCUGCAGCCCAGCGAUCUGGAGAAGCUCGCCGGCAGUCUGGACGAACUGAAACCCAAACCGAAGGUUACCCAGCAGCAGCAACAGCAGUCGCAACAGCAACAGCAGCCCACCAAGCGGGCACGUAAUCGCAUCGAUCACUGGCAAUUGGACAGCAGUUGGGAGUUCAUGGCCAAGCAGGAUACGGGCAGUCAUGCUGGCGGCGAUUACGAUACGGCAGCCAUCGAUUGGCAGGAGAAGGAAAACUCACUGGGCCGUGAUAGCCGUGCAGAUGGCCAGGGAAAGAAGCGAACGCUUACCAUCCAUCAGAUCAUCGCCAAUCGAUUGCCCGACCUCAAUCUGCCAGAGCUGGUGCGUUGCUCAACGCCGCCGCAAACGGCAGCCCUGCAGCCGCAUGUCCUGGGACAGCAGGAUAAGGUGGGACUCGGGUGCGAUGGCAGCCAAAAGUCAUUCCAGAGCCAGAUCGGUUGCCGGCUCUCCUCCUACGACAACGUCUUCAACUGCCAGAACUCGUUCGGAGGCAUCGAUUCGGCGCAGUCCGAUGAUGGCACCAUCUUUUCGGAGCCCUGGGACUCGUCCCAAUGGGACUCCUUCCUGCCCCACGAUGAUGCCACCAUCAAUUCGGACACCAUCCAUCUGUCCAAGUGCCGACCCGCUCUCUCAGAGGACGACACGAUUAUCGAGGAACUACAAAGCACCAAAGACGGCAGCAAUGGCAGCUGCAACCAGGACACACUCAAGGCGAACCGGAACGGUGCUGGACACCACAAGCCCAACAAUACCGGCAAUACCAACAAUGGCAAGGCCAACAACAGUCGACCCAAAGUGGCCACAAUUCUGCGGAAUCCCAGCAUGCGGGAUCGUGAAGUCUUAUGUCACCCCCGCAACAAGAUGAGCAUCCAGAGCAGCGGACCCGGCGAUUCUUUGCGGGCAUACACCCUGCAAUUGGCCCAGGAUCCCAGCUCCACGUUUGCCCGCAACAUUGAGAACUUCAUUUGCUGCACCAAGGAGUCCCGGGAGGCGGCGCCCCAGGUGGUGAUGCGGAAUAUGCGCCAGUUCAUGAGCGGCAUGAAGAACUACCUGGUGAAGCAUGGCGAGGGCAAGUUUCAUGCGGAACUGGAGACGGCGAGGGCGCGACUCAAGUCGGAUGAGUUCCUUAAUCUGGACGCCAUGCUGGAGACGGUGAUGCACCAGUUGGUGGUGCUGCCGCUGCGUGAGCAUCUCUAUGGCAUUUUCGUGGAUCACUAUCAGCGCAGCGAGGAUAUCCAACUGCUGGCGCAGAAUGUGCGCUACGCCUGCGAACGUGAGGCUGCCGACUUUGGCAUCAGGCCCACGGUAACCCCACCAUCACAGGCCGCCCUGCGGCUCAUCGCCAAUCUGCUGUGGCGCCUGCAGGAGGCCGAGUUGCCGCUGGACAAACUGGAGCUCUUCCUGUGCGUCAUCUCGACGGUAUUCGAUGCCACCGGCUGUCCGCGUGGCCAGCAGCUGGGCGCCGAUGAUUUCCUGCCCGUGCUCGUCUAUGUGGUGGCCAAGUGCGGAUUCGUGGGCGCCGAGAUCGAGGCGGAGUUCAUGUGGGGCCUCCUCCAGCCGACCCUGUUGAAUGGGGAGCCGGGCUACUAUCUGACCGCCCUCUGCAGCGCCGUUCAGGUGCUCAAGACCUUCAUGGCCUCCGAGGGGGAGAGCGGCAGCGGAUCCCUGGACUGGCGCUCCAGCUGCCUGCCCGCCUGCUCCAGUGUGCUGCGCGUGAUCAUACCCGACGAGUGCAACGGAUCGCUGCAGACGAGGACACUACCGGUGCGACCACAUACCACCACCCGCGAGGUGUGCCGCAUCAUUGCGCACAAGGCGCGCAUCACGAAUCCGCAGGACUAUGCGCUCUUCAAGCUGGUCGAUGGCGAGGAGACGCUGCUGACGGACGCCGAGUGUCCGCAGGAUGCACGACUGGCUGCCAAGGGCAAGCACUGCAUGCUGGCCUACAAGCGGAUCGAUGCCAAGAUCGCCUGGCCGACUGCCCAGCUGGCAGGACACUGAUUCAGCUCGUUUCACACAUACGACACAUACCGCCCCGCCCGCCCUGCCCUUCUUGCUCACUAACCAAGCAUAUUUGAUUAAUAAUUUAUUAUUAUUACAUUAAAAUAUACUUAGUAGCCUGUAAGUAAAGCUAAUUAAUGCUAAUUAGAAAACAUAUAAUGUGUACUAAACAUCAGUAUUGAGUUAAGUGUGUUUUUUUUUUCCUGACCCACUCACGGGUCAAACCCCCUUUUUUUUGCUAAUAAAUGUACUAUGCGAAUACAUAUACACACACAUAUACGAUAUAUAAACUUUUAGCCAGUAGAGUUGCAAUUUCUGCACAAACGAAGCGAUGGAGUGAGUCAUCUAAACGAAUCUACACUCUAAACAUAUAUGCAGACACGAUCCAGACAUUUGGUGUGGAUCGUGUGUGCCAUCCUGGAGACCAAAAGCACAGUUCAACAAUCACGGAAACAAUCAAUCAUUCAUUCAAUCAAACAUUGAACCAUCAGUAUGAACCAUCAUCAUUAAACUACACAAAAAGGCAUUUAGGUGUGAAUGGGUUUCGUGGUUUCUUUUUAAGAAGCAAAACCAUAUUAUAUUAAAAUAUAAACCAUUACAUUUUAAUAUUUAUGUUCAACUAAACUUCACUGCUAUCGACCCUCGAGAUAUACAUACAUACCUAAAUACAUACAUAUUUUUUUGUAUACUUUGUAAAAUAUGUGACACGUAAUCCAAAUAGCAAGCAAAUAAAU